AAUUGAAUUGAGGAGAUGAGAGGAUCUUAUCCACUGGAGGAGGACGGCGAUGGAGCGCGAGUUGGCGGCGGCGGCGGCGGCGGGGGAGGGGUAACCGUCGGUGGCGCGUUGCGGAAGAAGGCGACGGGCGUGCGGACCUGGCUCCUGUUAGAUUCCAAUGGCCAUGCUCAGGUCGUAGAAGCAGGAAAGCACAGCAUCAUGCGGCGGACUGGCCUGCCUGCCCGAGAUCUUCGGAUCCUAGACCCGCUUCUCUCGUAUCCUUCUACCUUGUUGGGAAGAGAGAAAGCAAUUGUGAUCAAUCUGGAGCACAUCAAAGCGAUAAUAACGGCUCAGGAAGUUCUUUUGCUCAAUUCCAGAGACCCCUCUGUGGCUCCAUUCGUUGAGGAGCUUCAAAGGCGUAUCUUGCGUCAUCACCAUGCCACUAAAUCUCUCGAGGGAGUGGUUGAUGGAGAUCAAAUGGACUGGAGGGAUAUAUAUGAUCUAGAAGAACCACAUCCAAUGGCUGAUAGACCUCAAAACAACAAUGGAGGGUUUCCACCAAAAAAUGAAGGAAAAACAGACGUUAAACCAGUUCUUGAGAACCAGGAGGGAUUGAAAAAUCUUCCAUUUGAAUUUAUAGCAUUGGAAGCAUGCCUUGAGGCUGCUUGCAGUUGCCUGGACCAUGAAGCAAGGACAUUGGAGCAAGAAGCUCAUCCAGCUUUAGACAAGCUGACAUCCAAGAUCAGUACAUUAAACCUUGAACGUGUCCGUCAAAUAAAAAGCCGCUUAGUCGCAAUUACUGGACGUGUACAAAAGGUAAGGGAUGAAUUGGAGCAUCUGUUAGAUGAUGAUGAAGAUAUGGCUGAGAUGUAUCUUACAGAAAAAGUGAUGGAAAAUCUUGAAAACUCUUCUCAAUCAUCUGUGGACAAUGAAAAUGGUAUGGAGGAUGAAGUUAUUCGAUCGGACAUAGAUGACAGAGCUCCUCCUCCUCCUACUACAGAGAUCAUCUCAUUGGCAGGUGGUGGUAAUGGAGGAGGUUUCAAUGGUUAUGAAGCUGAUGUACAGAAUGAUGAUGAGUCCCCCGACCAAUUGUAUGCAGUGAGUGGUAACGUAAUAAGUAGGGAUAACUACGGAACUCGCACUACUAGUGCCUCCCAUUCUUCUUCGGUGAGCAAGCACCUUGAUGUGGAGGAGCUUGAGAUGCUUCUAGAGGCUUAUUUUGUCCAGGUUGAUGGCACACUUAACAAACUAUCUACACUUAGGGAAUAUGUUGAUGACACGGAGGACUACAUCAACAUAAUGCUGGAUGACAAACAAAAUCAUCUUCUCCAAAUGGGCGUGAUGCUAACAACAGCGACCUUAGUAGUAAGUGCAUUUGUGGUGGUUGCAGGCAUCUUUGGGAUGAACAUCAGAAUUGAACUAUUUAAUGAUCAAAAAGAUGGGAUGCACAAUUUCCUGUGGACAGUCUGUGGUGGUACCACAGGUAGCAUAUUCCUCUAUGUAAUUGCUAUUGCCUGGUGCAAGCAUCGACGUCUGCUCGAGUGACCGCACACUCUAGCUGCUCUCUACUCUACUGUACUACUCACUUCUUUCUUGUAUGUGUAAUAAUGUAUUAUUAACCUUUGAUGCAUAUAGGGAGACAAAAUUGUUCAUAAUGUAAAAAUAUGUAUUGCAUGCAUCAUGGAUUGUAGUGCAAUAAUGACCAUGAUUUUUUUU